AUGUCCCCAGGCCUCACUCAGCCCAUCCCAGCCUUUGACGACCUGCCUCUGCGCCCUGGUGACCCGCAUCACUCUGCCUGGGGCCUCUGGCAGAAACCAGCACUAGGCGCAUUGAACUAUCUCACCGACGAGACAGUGCUGAGAGCGGUACAGGAGGAGGUACGAUGUGGAGAGCGAGUGGCUCUAAAUCUUCCCCUAGACGCCGUCAAGCCGGCGCUGCUUGGCCGUGUUGAUUUUGAGCGGAAAAUGAUCAACAAAGCUCCGCGAGUGAUCAAUGACGAUGUAAUCACGUUCAACACGCAAACGAGCUCUCAGUUCGACUCGUUCCGCCAUUUUGCGUAUCAGGCAGAAGGCCAGUUCUACAACGGGGUCACGCAGGAUGACAUUCACGGAACGCGCGAGAGCACGGUCAACGGGAUCGACGGCUGGGCCGACAAGGCGAUUGCAGGGCGAGGCAUCCUGGUCGAUUACGCCUCGUGGGUAGCGACGCAGAGACAAAUAGGUUCGUACGACGCCAUGGCCACACAUGCCAUCAGCGUAGACGGCAUCAAGACGAUCCUAGCUGCGAGCAACACGCAGCCGCGGGCAGGCGACAUUCUGUUUGUGCGCACGGGGUAUGUGGGCGCGUACUUGGGGCUGGAUGAUGCUGGUAAGCAGGAUCUGCAGACUGCAAAGCACAGCUGGCCGGGCAUUGAGCAGGGCGAGGAUAUGGCGCGCUGGCUCUGGGAGCAGCAGUUUGCGGCGAUUGUGGCAGAUAAUCCGUCGCUGGAAUGCAUUCCACCCGUGGACGAGGAAUGGCUGCUGCACCCUAUCCUGCUGGCAGGCUGGGGCACUCCGAUAGGUGAGCUGUGGGAUCUCGAGGCGCUGGCCGAGGUGUGCAGGAGGAGGAAUCGCGGCUCGUUCUUCGUCACGAGCGUGCCGCUCAACUACACGGGGGCCGUGGCCUCGCCGCCGAACGCGAUGGCUAUUUUCUAG